CCAUCCGAUCUGGCUGUCCUUUAGCCAAGGCUAGAUACGCCUGGUACAUGCGCGCAUAUCAACGUCCUCCGCCCUCCCGAAAUAGCAGCUUUGCGGUUGAUAUGGUUGUCGGCGAUUGUGCUGUCUAGUGGAGAGAAUUGUCCGUUGGAAGCAGACCCUUCAGUUAGCAGGGCCAUCCUGAUCGCGAAGAACGUGCGCCGCCUCGGACAUACCCUUGAAGCCUUGGGUCUUCUCUCGGUUGCUACGCGCUCUUUGCUCUUGAAUUAAUAUAAAGAAGAAGAAAAAGAAGAAGAAGAAGAAGAAGAAGAAGAAGAAGAAAAAAGAGGAGUCUCACCCUGGCGCCCUCUUGCGUCUGUUGAUGUAGCAUGGCAGAAGAGCGUCGGAAUAUAGGACAACCGCCAAGGCACGACCAAACCGACGAAUCUCCAUACCCGCCAGUUCCCAGCGAAGACGACGAUCGCGCGAGAGCUAUCCCCUAUCAUUCACGACCGCAGAUGUCGGCCGGCGCGGUAAGGCUGCCGUCUAUCAUGGACGGCCCAGGUGCCUAUGGCCCUCCCGCCGGCAGAACCUGGGAUCCCAGAGCCACCGGUUACGGCCCUUCACCGAACUCCACAAAUGGUUAUCCCCCUCCACCGGCUCCCUCGCACGCGCUGCAGAGCGCAAGCUACUCACCUUCAGGCCCUGGAAACGCCUUCCCUCCCCCGGGCGCUAACCACCCAUCCUAUCUUCCGCCGGUCCACGCACCCACCCCAGACCCGAGGGCAAGCUACCCCCCAGGUCCCCGAACGCCUUCAUAUUUCCAAGGCUACGGCGGCAACCAGAGCGUGUACGAUUUCGCAUAUCGGCAAGACCGCGGCGCUUCCGGCACAUAUACCGGCGAAUAUGCGAGAGGGGGGCCUGGGGCAGCUGCAGUGAUGCAGCAGUCCGCUCCUCGACAACGGACGUCGAUUGCCUGUCGAUAUUGCAGAAGGAGAAAGAUUCGGUGCAGUGGCUAUCAGAAUUCCCCGGGAGGCAAAUGUACAAAUUGCAUCAAGAUGAACCAAGAAUGCGUAUUUCAGCCUGUUUCGUCUUCGUCUUCGACCGCCUUCGUCCCCGUUUCGGCGCUGCCAAACGGUGUCCCACCGGGCACCCAAUUGUUCGGAGCCUACGGGCAACCCUUGGUAGUGCCUUCGAAUCCCAACCCGGGGAGCUACCAAACUGCAAAUCCGCAAUACGACCAACCGCUGCCGUCGCCAACCGGUUCGUACGGAUCUUUCUCGGACGAGAGGCCUGAACAAAGUCGGCGGCGGCCCAGGCCCCCGGAGGAUGAGCAUACCGUACGUCUCCCGCCUCCGGCUACCUUUCCCGACGACAACCCUCGAAGACGAUCACCCUCUUCCGGAGGCAGCCCGAGCCAUUUGCAACCGUUAGCGCAGCGACAACCCCAGCCGGUUCCCUACGCCGGAUACGACACGAGAACACCCCCACCGAGAGGCAGCCCCUCGGGAGCCCCAGCAGGGCCUCCGUCGUUUCCGGUGAUGAGGGUGGAAAACAUAAUAGAAUCCGGACCCACCCCCACCCCCACCAGCAGCAACGAUUUCGAUCGGAAGAUGAUAAGCCGCCUCGACAGGCAGACGCAGCAGUGAACUACCUCGGGAUCGUCGGCAGGCAGCCACGGGCCGGUGGAAAAUUUUAGCCGACUCGAGACGGUGUAGGGAAGGAAGACGUUCGUUACCGGGGUUGGGGGAAAUGUGUCGAGGGAAAUAGAAGAUGGCUGCUGGCGGCUUGUUCGGAAGACCAUAUCAGCUACACCGAGGAAUCGACGGCGGUGUUCUAAUCCAUUUCUGGUCCACGGUUCGAGGGCAUUCUAGGCGGCAUUUGCAUUUCACUCAUCGGGGCGGCGGCUAC